CGGGCUAAACCAGCGGCCCUCCGCCUGCCUCAAAGCCGCUCCAGAAGGAGAAGGAGAAGCAGCAGCAGGAGGAGGCGAGGCUGCUUGGAUCCAACAUGCGAGGCCAGGCCGAAGGAGCCGGGCAUCGCCACGACGGGACGCGGCGGAGGGAUGUCCCAGAUAUGGCUGGUUGUUUUACCCUAACUAAUGAUGGGAUGGGACCAGAAGACAAGAAAGAGAACUUGCAUACUAAGUCUGAAUCUUUUUCUUGCAACAUUCCACAGAUCACGUUGUAACCUUUGAUCACACAAGAAAUGCUUCUUUGUCAUUAUGUGCAAUUUUCCAUGGAGGAGAGCAGCAGAGAACAAAUAAUUAAAUCAUGAACAACAUCAAGUAUCUGAAAAGAAACCUCCUUGCCUGAAUGAGGACCAGGUUUCUUCUCUGCAUGUGAGCCCACGCUGAUGACUCUGGAGAUGUGCCUGCUCUUUAAUGUGAGUACCCCGAGAGCAGAGCCCUGCUGUUUGUGGUGAGGACUUCGAAACACCAUCUGAGCAGUCUGGCAACUCCUUCAUCCCUUUGCCCUCUCCCUUCUCAAAACAUCAGUCUGUUAGAUCAUCCGUGUCAAUUUGCUAUGACAUACAUCAACGCUGAUGAGAGGCAGGAGCACUGUCGGGUAAUUUUGAGCUGCCAGAAUAAUCAGCUGUAUGCACAACAUGGCUUAAAGAAUUUCUCGAUUAACGGCAUGCAUCCAGCAAAGAACUUGGACUCUUGUAUUUUUACUGGUGACUUUAAUCCUGUAAGAAAGACAGACAGCAACUCAGGGACACAUCUGUAUCGGAGUAUGGAGAACCUGCACUGGGCUACAGUGGAAGACUCACAUGGCCAUCCUCGUUGUGGGAGUGUUGACAGUGAACUUGUUUUCAAUUACAGAGGCACAACACAUUGGUCCAAGUAUUCAGUGAAGGGCUCCCCAUCCCCCAGCUCACCUGAAUGCUGCCGACACUUUCCCCUUCUCUCAGAGCGGAUGCCAUCUGCAGUGCGAGACAUAGCCCUUCCUCCUUGUGCCAAAGUGCCUCCGUGGCUUUUCUCCUCAAUAGAUGGGGAUGCCAAGAAAACCUUGAAAGAAAAACUUAGAAGUCAUAGCACUAAAGUAGCAGAGGUUUGCAAGCCUAUCAGACCACAAGCUUCAUUGAACGACCUGGUGGCAAGGGAAUGCUCUGAAUGUCGAGCAUGCCAGCAGUAUAAGAACGGUUGUUCAGUGAAUUGUUGCACCAUAUUUGUGCAGCACGCUAGCCUUUUUCAUGAACCAUGGGUGGCUCUGGGGCAGCAACGUCCAUGUUUUUCUCGCAGGUUAACCAGUCCAGAGGACAUCAAACAGGAAGCUCAGAGAAGGUUGCAGAUCAGAAGACAGAACAGCUCGCCCAAUUUGACCCUCCACUGUGCCAGUGAUGAUCAGGAAAUGGUCAAAUCCCAAACGACUGGAUCCGUAAAAGGCUGUAUGGGAGAAGUGGACAUAAAAAAGUAUUCAACACUGAACAGAAAAGGAGACUGCAAAGAAAGGCUUUACAUUCCAACUUUUGAAGAAUUUAAGAGGAUGAGAAUCAAGGAGACAUGUUUUCUCCAUGGGAGCAGUGAGACAGCAAAAGAUAAAAAGAAAGUGGCUCCAGAGUUAGAAGAAAAAGAAAAUCUUUAUUCAGAUGCUGAGCAGGAUCUUGCCAAAGAAUCUAUUUCAGUACUGGAUGAUUAUGAUGAAGUGUUUCAUGAAAAUACUCAGAGUGUUUCUGGUCUUGUUGGCUAUCAAGACACUUCAUCCACAUGGGACAGGAGUCUCUGCCUGAUGAAUACACAAAUGGCUAAAGACAGGAAUGAUGAAGUGCCAUCUUCAGAUGCAACCUCAGUCCCUAUUUGUUCUAGUCCAGUUCCAAGACCACUUCUACAAUCUUCUGUUUCUAGGGAGGUGAAAACUCUGGAUGGAGUGGAGAAGCAAGGAUUGGAUGCAAGACAACUCACCAGUGUCCUUCAACAUGCUGGACAGUCUCUUGCACCUGAAGCCCAGUCUUCUUGCUGCCCAAUGCUAUUAGAAGUGACAGAUAUAUCCAGCUAUGGAGCUAAGCUACAGAAAAUGAAGGAUGAAUUUAUAGGUUCUGCAUUGGACCUCAUUAAAAAGAGCUGCAGUGCUGAAACAGCCUCUGACCCCUCCUCCAAAGGAUCAUGUGAACUCAAGAAGACUGAUUCCUCUUUUGCAGAGGAUUCUCAUCAAUUCACAAGCUCCAAUUCCAACUGCCGCAGAUCCAGUUCUGACAUCUCCCACGAACCUUCAGACUGCACCAAAGCUCAGCGGGAGUGCCGACUACGGCCCCAUUUCAGUGAUCCAAUGCCAACAGAUGCUGUGAAGAGGAAACAACUGGAACUGAAGAUAGCAGCAGCAGCCCGGCAGCAUGCCCAGAAGCGCCGACAAGAGAGAGAUCCCAAUUCUGCACUCCCCAAAACAAACAGUAAUUACACCAGUAACUAUGAUGAGAACCGCCGGGUUCUGAGUGGCUCCUUUCGUUCCAAAUACCGAUGGAGCAAUGUCAGUAGUCUCAGUGCUGACAGUGGCAUUGUGGGUGGCAGUGAUGAGAGGGACAAUGCUGAUGCCAGUACUGGAGGCACACCAAGGAUGAGGUUGGCGGUAAUGGAGCGGGCAGACAGUGGCAUCAGCCAAGCGCUGAGCAGGAAGUGGAGAAGCCGGGCAUCGGAAACAUUGACCUCUCUGCAGGCAUGGGAAGCCCACCAGCCUUGCACCGACUGUGGCGGGAGAGAUUUCCCACUGGAGACAGAUGUUCAGAACCAGAACAAGAGACGGGCCACCCUUUGCGAGAAGUGCCUAAAGUGCCGGACAGAGCGGAAGGAGUCGGUGCUGGAGUUUGUCAAUACCGAAGCCAGUUAUGGGGAAGACCUCCGCAUCAUCAAGGAGGAAUUCUACAUCCCCAUGCAGGCUGCUGGCCUCCUAACACAGGAACAGCUGCUGGUGGUUUUCAGCAACAUACAGGAGUUGAUUGACCUCAAUGAAAACUUUCUGGAGUAUCUGCAGGAAGAGAUUGAGCAGGCAUUUGAGCAGGGUGAUGAUGACCUCAUGACUGUGUGCAUUGGCGAAAUAUUCCUUGAGUUUGUCAAUAUGCUGCCUGCUUUCCAGACAUACUGUCUUCAGCAGUCAUCUUCAGUGAACAUGCUCAAUGCGUUGGAAAAAGAGAAGGAGUUACUCAGGAUAUUCCUCAAUGUUUCGCAAAAUGACAACACAGCCCUCCGACGAAUGAAUCUGCGGUCCUUUCUGAUGGCCCCACUGCAGAGAGUUACCAAAUACCCGCUUCUGCUGAGCCGCAUUAUCAAAGCCACCAUUGAGUACCACCCAGACCACAGCAGCCUGAGGGAGGCAAAGAGCCGCAUUGAGUCCCACCUGGAGCACAUCAACAUGAAAACCAAGCAGGAAGGGAACUCCUGGACUCUCCGUUCCUUCCGCCAGGACAGUAAGAAGAACAGGGAAGUCAUUAACAUUGAGAUGAGGGAAACUGCUAUCAAAACUGUGGGCUGGCUGAGGGAAGAAACCCGUUUUGUUAUGGAAGGGCCCCUCCAGCUUGCCCAGCCGCCUGAUGGGCAGUGGGUGAAAAAGGGCAGCAAGACUCUGAAGUUCCAGAACAUGCAAGUACUCCUCAUGGUCAACAUCCGGCGUGCGUCCGAGUCCAGCUUUGAACCUGGGGAGCCAGGGCUUCUGAAGGAUGCAGUAUUGGUACUUAUUAGGGACAAAAACAAUGGCAAGUUCAGUCUGCUCAGGGAACCCCUGAGACUGAGUAAUUGCGUGGUCUCUGUGGAUCCCGAUUGCGAUGACACCUUUGAACUUCUGGAGAUCAGGCGGGAGUCCUUUGUGUUCCGAGACAGUGACAAGGCACGGACUCACCACUGGUUCAGACAGAUACGGAGGUACUCCCGGGAGCUGGGUUCCUGGAAGAAGCGGCGCAACGCCUUGCCCAACAUCAUGAUAAGUGCAUCCCACAACAGGUCAUGAAACAAUCCUGGCUGUGUGGUGACUUGGCUAAGCUCAGAAAUUCCACCAGACAGGCUUUCAGUGGAAAAGCACAAAGGAUGUUCUUCACCCGGCCAAAUAGCACUAGAGCUACCUAUGAUUACUUCUUUUUCUACUAAGAGACUUUAUAACAAAUACUAUUUAAAAAACAGUGUUUCUCAAAUCCUAGGAAAAUUGUGUCCCAUUUUAAAAUUUAGAUCUUCCACACAAACCAACCUAGAAACCUCAUUGGGUAUACCUCCUGGCUCCUACACAUUUAUGCCACUUUGCCUCCUGCUCUAUGGGCCCUAUUUUGUUUCCUUCUUUAGACAAUACAGUUGAUCCGUACUAUCAGGUCCCCAACUCUACACCAUGUGUAGCUUAAGGUGACCCACAGCAACUGCAAACAUACAAUUCUAUUCCUUUUUCAGAAAACCCAUGGUAAAUACAGCUUAUGGGGUUGCUACGAAUAAGACAUACAAAACCCUGCCACUCUUUUGAGUUCUUUCCAUAGGCCUACAUUCCCCGUUUUGAGAAACACUGUCUGAAGGGUUGAUAAAGAAGUUGCCAUUGUGAGAGGAGGCUGGUAGCCAUCUGGUUAUUUGCACUGUUAGGUUGAAAACCACCUGUUAAGUGUUGAAUGAAGGUUAUGUACAAGGGCUCUUGCACAGACUUUAGGAAUGCAGAGGGUUUAGCUCUGGGUAUCCAAGAGAACCCCUUUACCAGAACUUGGCAACCAGCCUAAGAAGUAAAGUCUUGAUUCUGGGCAGUGGAAAUCUUUUGCACAUUUUGUAAAUAGGCAAAGCAGAAAAGUCAAGGAAAUGAUGUCUGUUUGGGGGCAAAGAGGGAUUUAGUGUUUGAAGACUUGCUCAAGGGUGGGGGGCAGGCCCUUCGGAUUUGUGGCCUACUCGGGAUGAUGUCUUUCUCUAUGGCAAUUGGGGUUAUUGGCACCAGGUCAUAUGGAGCAGGUCUCUAGAAAAAAAUGAGCUAAUAUUGUUAAUGUUAUGGGGUAAGAUGACUGUGAGAUGUUUGACACUGCAUGAUUGUGAUGGGAAAGGAAUCUAACCAUUUACGAUAGAGGUUUCAUUGUACGUAUAUUAUAACAGCAUUAGGCAACAUCCAGGUCAAUUUUAGAACAGUAUUAACCCAGUUAAGGAGAACAUUUAGACAGUAUAAUUAUCUUCAUUUUGGCUUGCUCUCUCAGAAAUAUUCCAGUUAAUAAUUGUUUUGAUUCUUUUUUACUUACCACUUCUGUCUGUAAGUAGAUGAAGGUUUACUGAGUUUUAUUUUGCACUGAUUGCAUGUAAACUGAACAUGUAACAUGUAAACUGAAAGGAAAGCCAAAAUAUAAUCCUAGUUCACCCAUGAACAUUCCAGAAUAGCUAUAGAUUUCUGUGGCUAAGCAAUACUCUCUCCCUUUAAGGAUCACUGGAUUUGUUUGUAGUAGUUAAAAAUCCGUUGUAGAAACCCAAGGAAUGUGAGACAUCAGAAAUAGUGCUGAUCUUCUGUAUUUCUAUUAACAAAGGCUAAAUUACCUCUUCUGAGUUGUGAUUAUUUAAAUGAUGUAAUCUAGUGUAUUUCAAAAUUUUAAUGAAUAUGUUAUACUGUAGAAAACAUAAAAUGUUUUAAUAAUUA